GCCUAACCGUUAUAAAAGCGAAAACUCGGCCUGGGAUCGAGGCUAGCCAGUACUGUACUUUGAGCAUGGGAAUGUAGUAUAAAAUAAUUAUCCGCAUGCGCAUUUGGGUUAUGGCUAGUGUAACAAGAAUUCAUUUAUUAAUCAUGAGCAUGGAGAUGCAAUCAAUGAAUCUUAUAUCUGGCACCCCCCACGCAUGCAAAGGGAUGUGUAUCAAGUCAGAAAAACAAUAUGGCUGCUGCUGUGUCUACUGCAAGUGAGGAUAGUAUUGAGUUUAGAGCUUUUACUGAACUAUACCACAAACUCACAAAUGGGAUCAAGUCUGGUUUGAUGGAUGUGUGCCUUCCAGCCUUCUCAAAACAUCUUUUUCCCCCUGAAGUGAAAAGUAAAGUACUAGAUAAUGCUUCACUUUUAAGCAUUGAACAAAGGGCCAAUGUUAUGCUGGAAGCUAUUCACAAUCUGAUCAAGAAUUGUCCAUCCGUGUACGAUGAAUUUGCCGACAUUUUGGUGACGAUUCCUUCGAUGAAAUACUUAGCUGAUGCGAUGAAACAAAAGAAAGAAACACUAGCCAAUUCAAUGGACAGAAGACUGAGCUCUUACUUGAUUAUACCAAAUACUACAUCAGCACGCCUUGAUUCAAGGAUAGUGGAACUUGAUUCGACCGCAGUAAGAGACUUAGUAGUAACAGAUUUGGAAGUCUAUCCUGAUCCAAUGGAACCUGUUGUGGAAGAGAGAACAGCUAACAAAGUUAACUGGAGUGAUUGUGUAGAGCUAGCCUCGUCCCCAUGCCCAGCACUUCCUCCAAGGCCUGCGGAGAGGGCUAAUGUUGCAGGGCCUGCCCAGACUGUGCCAACUGAAGAUCAGCAAAGACAACAGUCUCUUUGGGAGCACUUCAUUGAAGUGAUUAAAAGUCUCUCUCGUUGCACUAAAGUACUUUUGUUUGGAAUUUUUUUCGCUUGCUUAUUCCUGAUAGUAUUUGGAAUCACUGCAAUAGGAUUUGGAAUUGAACACUUGAAUGGUUUUGUGUCUUGCAACACACCCGUCUAUCCUGGAGUAUUCUCCAUCAUAUUUGGGAUGUUACUCCUCUUUGCUGCUCUUACACUCGGACUAUCGUACACGAGCACAACACUCAUCAUUGAGCUUGGCUGGAUUGAAGACAACCAAGAAGAGAAGCUACGAGUACCAGUGUUUUGCAUGGCAUUAGGAUUCGUUUCCCAGAUGUUUGGAGCAAUUUUAUAUAUUAUUGAGCUUGUAUAUUCCUUUGUAUUGGCUACGUAUGUAUACAACUUUGAUGGGUAUGCAGAGCAAAAUCCAGAUGCAGUUUGCGAGGGAUCGUUUUAUGGACUUUUGUAUGUGGAGUUACUUCUCAUUCAGAUACCAUUUUUCGUAGCUUGUAUCAUUUUUAUUAUUCGAAGCAUUGUUCUGGUAGUUUUGGCAGUAUAUAGAAAGUGAUAUUUGUGUGGUAAACAUUGUGCGAUUCAAAGUAGCCUCGAAUCCAGGCCGAUUAAAAUACGGCCUGGUCUCGAGGCUAGAUUCAAAGCGGCGUGAUUUCAAAGCCUCCGAGCUCGUUCUUUUGUUUCCUCUUUUAUUACCUCUAAUUUAGAGUCUAAAGGAGACCUUCUCCACGUGGUCGCGAGAUUCACUAUCACAGCUAUACAGUACAGUCUAGUCUAUUGAGCUAUGGCGUCUCUCCAGCCGGUAAAUAUAUUCCAGAGAGGAGCAGAGGAAGAGCGAGCAGAGACAGCAAGGCUGUCCUCGUUUGUGGGUGCUAUUGCCAUCGGCGACCUCAUCAAGUCCACCCUCGGACCAAAGGGAAUGGACAAAGUGCUUAUCUGCAAUGGUCCCCAUGACAAUGGUAUCCAGGUAACCAACGACGGAGCCACCAUCCUCAAGAGCAUUGGUGUGGACAAUCCUGCAGCAAAGUAUACGAUUAUAAUAAUAAUGGUAACCAACGACGGAGCCACUAUCCUCAAGAGUAUUGGUGUGGACAAUCCUGCAGCAAAGGUUCUAGUAGAAAUCUCCAAGGUUCAGGAUGACGAGGUUGGAGAUGGUACUACCAGUGUCACCAUGCUAGCCUGCGAGCUGCUCAGGGAGGGGGAGAGUCUGAUCUCACGAAAGAUCCACCCUCAGACGAUUGUGAGUGGGUGGAGGAGAGCGGUGGAAUGUGCACGAGAGGCACUCACCAAGGUUGCCAGGGACAACAGUGCCGACACUACCAAGUUUGAGGAGGGUUUCUACUGGCUUACCUCAAUCUGAUGGAUUACUGUCAUGUCACGGACCUGGGGAUAUCACAUGUUAGUCACAUGACCUCGCUGCAAGUACUGACUCUGAGUAGAACUAAACUGACGGAUGAAGGAAUGCCGUGUCUAAUGGCAUUGACUGGACUUCAUGAGCUGAGUCUGGACAACACGCUGGUGACUGAUGCUGGAGUCAUGUGCCUUUCGUCUCUCACUCGAUUGGACGUACUCAGCCUCUCAGACACUAA